AUGGAUGAGUAUCCAAUGUCUGAGUUUGUUGCCGAAGGACAGGCCAGGGAGAAUCAAGAAUUGCUGCACCUGUUUUAUCGGUCAGGGGAGCUCUGCGAUGUUGAUAUCACAGUGGGCAGCAGAGUAUUCUCCUGCCACAGACUGGUCCUGGCUUGCGUUUCUCACUACUUCCGAGCCAUGUUUACGUCCAAGAUGGCAGAAGCCACGGAAAAAUCCAUCACAAUCCAGGACAUCGAGGAGGAGGCCAUGGAUAAGCUGAUCCAGUUUGCAUAUACAUCCAGGAUCAAGCUGAGCACUGAGAACGUGCAGUCGCUCUUGUAUGCGGCUUCUAUACUGCAGAUUGAGACGGUGGCUAAUGCUUGUAGCAGCUUCAUGCAGUCCCAUCUUCACCCAUCAAAUUGUAUUGAGGUUCGCAGCUUUGCACAACAACAUAACCGCAUAGAGUUGAUUAAAACUACUGACGGCUAUAUAAGAGAUAACUUUAUCGCAGUCUGCCAUACAGAGGAGUUCCUGCAGAUGACUCCAGACAUCUUGGUGGAGUUCAUCUCUUCGGCCGACCUGAAUGUUGACUCGGAGGAGCAGGUCUAUAAUGCUAUCAUGAGGUGGAUUGGUCAUAGACCUGGAGAUCGCAAGAGCCAGCUGCCACGGCUGUUGGAAAAGGUCAAGUUGCCACUUCUCAGUCCUGCAUUUCUCAUAAACAGUGUCGAGCGGGAUGAAUUCAUUCGCAACAGUUUAGAGUGCAGAGAUUAUGUUAAUGAGGCUAAAAACUAUCAGAUGUCAUUGGCUGAUCUUGUUCCAGAGGUUAAUAUCACCCAGAGAUCACGACCAAGGAAGAGUUAUGCAGGAGUUUUGUUCUGUGUUGGAGGCCGUGGUGCUUCAGGUGACCCAUUUAAAAGCAUCGAGUGUUAUGAUCCUCGCCAGGAUCGGUGGUUCCCUGUCGCAGACAUGACAACCCGGCGCAGACACGUUGGAGUUUGUUCAUUCAACAGUCUGUUGUAUGCUGUGGGAGGUCAUGAUGGCAGUGAUCAUUUACGGAGCGGAGAAGUCUUUGAUCCCAAGCAUAAUACAUGGAAACCAAUAGCUCAUAUGGCCACUCUAAGGCGAGGAAUAGCCCUGGCUUGCCUUGGUGGUGUCAUCUAUGCCGUUGGAGGUCUGGAUGAUACAACAUGCUUCAACACCGUGGAGAGGUAUGACCCCAAGGAGGAUUACUGGAGCUUCAUUCCCAAUAUGGAAGUUCCCCGAGGAGGUGUUGGGGUGGCAACACUCAAGGGCAAGCUGUAUGCCCUAGGUGGCAAUGAUGGAACCAGCUCAUUGGACAACUGUGAAAAGUAUGACCCCUACACUGCACGUUGGGAGACCAUAGCUUCCAUGCACAAGCGCAGAGCAGGAGCAGGAGUGGCAGUCCUGGAUGGAUGCAUUUAUGUAGUUGGUGGGUUUGAUGACAACUCCCCUCUGGAUUGUGUGGAGAAGUAUGACGCUGAGAACAAUAAGUGGACUCUGGUGGCCAGCAUGUCUUGUUGCCGCGGUGGUGUCGGGGUCAGUGCCCUGGGAGGCCGUUUGUAUGCUGUCGGAGGACACGAUGGUUCCAACUACCUCAACUCUGUGGAAACCUUUGACCCUUUAACGAACAGGUGGGAACCUGCGCAGGGGAUCCAGCAGUAUCGAGCCGGUGCUGGCGUGGCCUUCUGCGAUUGUUCCCCCAAGCUGUUACGACAAGUCACAUCUGCAAACAGCACUGGGCAUUUAUAG